AUGGAAUGGAUUGGGUUUGUUUCCCUUCAGCUUCAUUUUUCUGAUGUCUCUAACUUUACCAAUUCUGCUAUUGGUGGUAUUAAACAGAAGGACGCAGUGGAGCUUGCAAGCAUUCACUCUGCCCCUCUCGGAAGGGCUAAUGCUAAAUCUAUGGCGAAGAGUGAUGUGAGAAACUUACAGCUUCAACUUCAAACCAAACUGUCACUUCCUAUAUUUACUGGAAAGAAACUAGAAGGAAAGGGGGGCGAUCGCAUUUCCGUUGUCUUGAUUGAUGCUAAUACAGGAGAGGUCGUCACAUCAGACCCAGAAUCCUCCAUUAAGCUGGAUGUUGUUGUGCUUGAAGGUGACUUCAAAAAAGACGAUGGUGAUAACUGGGCUCAGAAAGAGUUUGAGAACUACCUGGUCAAACAACGUGAAGGAAAGAGGCCGCUAUUGGCUGGAAAUCUACAAGUGACGCUCAAGAGAGGUGUUGGGGAGCUGGGAGAGCUACUAUUUACAGACAAUUCCAGCUGGAAUAGGAGUAAAAAGUUCAGGAUAGGGCUUAUGGUGGCAUCCGGUUAUUGUGGGAAUACACGAAUCCGAGAAGCAAAAACUGAUGCCUUCACUGUCAAGGAACAUAGAGGAGAAUCAUACCAGAAAAAUUAUCCACCUAAAUCUGAUGAUGAGGUCUGGAGGUUGGAGAAGAUUGCCAAAGAUGGGAAAUGUCACGAAAAACUGAUGAAAGUCGGAAUAAAUAAAGUGGACGACUUUCUACUGCAACUGUUUACGGACUCCGACAAGUUGAGAGAGAUUCUUGGGAAGAGCAUAAUACCAAAGAGCUGGGAUAGCCUAGUUCGUCAUGCAAAGACUUGCAAAAUAAGUUGGAUACUUUAUUUGUACUAUCUUGAUAGCAUGAGGAAGCAUGGUGCUCUAUUUGACGCUGCUGGUCAACUGAUCGGCCUAAUCAAAGACAGGGUAUAUGUUGCUACUCAUCGACUUUCUGCCCAAGAGAAGGAACAUGGAGAUACAAUCGUGAAAAAGGCCCUUGGUAACAAAAAUAAUGUUAUGGUGUUCAAUGGUGAGACCUUUUCUCCAAUGCAACCUGGGCAAGGCUCGGCCUCACCUUGGCUGGGCAAGGUUUCUUUGACUUCACAAAUUUGUGUCGCUCCAGGUGGUCUAGAAGCUUCUCUGGCAAAUGUGGACUUGACUGCUGAAGUUUUUUCUCCAGGACAUAAUGGUGCAACUGCUUUAGCAUUGCCAAUACAGUUGAAUAGUACCAAUUCUGGAACUGCCCUGAAGCUUUCAGUUGAUGAAAGUGUUCGUCCCACUAAACUGCAGCCCAUAUCUACAGACCCAUUGAAUGUUCUAAUUUCUCAAGGAGACAAUGGCAUCCCUACUGGUGGAUUGCCAGAACAGUCCCAUGGUAACAAUUUUCAAUAUGCCAUGCGGAGCCACACAAUCUGUUCUUCGAGCCAAAUGCACCAUACAGUGAAUGAGAAUGCUCUCCCCUCUGAACCACCACCCUCUGCCUCGAUAUCAAGAUUACACUCUAGCAGUACACUUCCUCCUUCUGAAGGCAAUCUUGUGAUGGGAAAUUAUUCAGAGGAUAUAAAGUAUUGGUUGGAAACUUUGUUAAGUCAGAGCUCACCAUACGAUGACAAGUUCUGGAAGACCCAAGUAUGUUAUGAUGGUUCUGUCAGUGGUACCAGCAGAUGUGUUAAUGGCUGGUUCAAGAUAAAGGCAGUGAUGCAGUGGGGUACCUUCGUCAGGAGGAUUGCCACAAUUAGAGGUGCCAGAAUUGUGCAGUCAAAUGAACCGCCAAUUGAAGUCUAGGCUUGAUUUGAUUUGCUCUUAAUGUGGCAUUAGAGCAGAGUUGUUGGAACCCCUUCUCAAGCGAGUACUUUUUUCAUCAGCAAGUCCAUCUACUUCAGUUCUUUCAACAUGUUUCUUCAAAAGUUCUUUGAUUUUUCACAUGUAAGGAAUUCAAGGUAAAUCGUUCGCAGGGAGUACUUGCAUUCUGUGCUUAUUAUUCAUAGAAAUUUAUACCACAUCCAUUGAGUCCUAUGUAUAAAGUCUUGCCUGUUUGCUGCUAUCCAAAGGCAAUAAAGCUCUUGUUCAGAACA